CGAAUUAGUUAGAACGUUAAUUAUUCCGAGAGCUUUGAGAAACUCGAGUCUUGAUCUUUAAAUUAAAUCUCUUCCGCAUCAAGGAAUUAAUUAACGCAUUAAAGGAAUGAAUCGUUCGUUUCGGAAUAUUCUGUACGCAACUUCACACCGAGAAGCUGUAAUCGAAAUGGCGCAACAGCAGCGAAAGUAGAUGCGGACGGUGCAAGCGCAGACGCGCGAGCGGCUUAGUGAACGGGCUUGCUUACAAGGGUUGGGUAAUCAAUGGCAUGGCAGGGCGCUUAAGACCAUCUCUAACCACAACACGGUGCAAUACGUGGUGGAUGUGCACGCAGGAACCACCGUUUUUCAUUCUCCUCCUCUCAGGGUAACUCAAAGAGUAUCGUCAGUCUGCGUAUAAAUAUAAAAGUAAAUAUUCUUUGAAAUAAAAUCAUACAGUUCUCGUGUGUAAACAGUUCGCGAUCAGCUGCAUGACACCCUUCCAGCAAUGAUGAAUCGUGCGGCAGGCUAAUUAUGUCGCGAGCUCCUUAUUAAAUAAAUGUUAAUUGACGAGUGAAAAUUCGAUUGUCGCGAAUCCGCGGUCCACAGCGAUGACACUUUGUGACAUUGAUCUCGCGUGAUAAAUUGAGUUAAGCGUAAGAAAUCGGUCGGGAUCGCCCGAAGUGGACCAUGAAUCAUGGAUACGUCGCAGGUCGAAAACGACGCAACUUCGGAAGAAAAACGUAAGGAAGAGCACGCUUGAGCUAUGGGUAGCGGAGGAGUUGGUGAAGUAUCAACGAUAUUUCACCCCCGACGAUUGCGUCCAUCAAAUUUAACCUUCAGCGAAGAUCAGCAGAUUCAUGGGCCGUUUGUCACCCCUAUUCAGGUUGCACUCCGUGCUUCAGCAUGCGAUCAACAGCAGGGAUGCACCGAUGGUUGCGGCGACUCCGCCUCGAGCUGUCGCACUUUGGAGACAACCGAAAGUGCCACAGGAAGCGGCGGCGGAGGCGGCGAUAGUGGGACCGGAGGUGUCCAAGUUCAUUCGACAGGUCAAACUCAAUCGUCAACUCAUGUGACGCCGAUUCCAACUCCGGUUGCUCAACAACCACACCAUUCAAGCUCAAUUGUGGCCUGUUUCUCCUCUUUCUGCGCGAAAAGCGCAAAAAAGAUAUACUUCGGAAUAUGUGUGACAUUAUGCGUAACCGCGAGUUGGGUCGGUGCGACCCAUUGCAUUAAGUAUUUGUACUUUCAUAAGUCAGACGAAAUCCUGCAGACGAUCGCUUCCGCGAAUUCCUCCUCGAACGGACUUCAUCAUCAACAUAUCAUCCCUCCGUACAAUGCACCCUUCUUCACGACGUGGUUCUGCACCAACUGGGAGGUCCUGUACUUUCCGGUAUACUUCAUCUGUCGCGCUGUCAGGACCAAGUGCGUCACCCCUUCCGAGAUAAUUGCUGAGAGCUUUCGCGGUUUUCGCGACAAGGGCUUCACAGGUGGUCGAUUUUUAAUUAGAUGCAGUCUCUUCUGCGCCCUGUGGGUUAUCACGAAUUAUUUGUACAUACUUUCGCUGAGGAUAUUGUUAAGUACGGACGUAAUGGCGCUAUUUGCGACCAACGUCUCGUGUGUCUACCUGCUCUCAUGGGUCAUCCUUCACGAACAAUUCGUGGGUGUGAGGAUAGUCGCAGUAAUCCUUUGCAAUACCGGUAUCGCGUUGUUAGCUUAUAUGGAUGGCAUAACUGGAAGUCCAACAUUGGGAGGUGUUGUUUUAGCUACAGCAGCGGCGGCUGGUUCUGCCGUUUACAAAGUUCUUUUUAAGAAAGUGAUAGGAGAAACCACAUUUGGCCAAAUGUCUCUAUUUUUUUCUCUUAUUGGUUUGUGCAACGCCACUCUAUUAUGGCCGGUUUGUCUCACCCUUUACUUUUCCGGAGUGGAAACCAUGUAUUGGGCAAGAUUUCCGUGGGCAGCAUUACUUUCCGCGAGCAUUCUCCACUUAGUUGCAAAUAUGAUUGGCAAUUUCAGCAUCGCGUUCACUUACGACUUGUUUAUCACUCUUGGAUUAAUAACAGCUGUACCUGUGUCCGCUGCUUUGGACAUUAUUUUCUACGGAGCGUGCUUCGUAGGUAUGAAAUUAGCGGGAUUGAUCUUCAUAGCAGUCGGUUUCUUCCUCGUCAUGUUUCCGGAUAAUUGGCCAGAUUACAUAACGAAGAUUCUCCGAAACGUAGUCCUCAUGAGUCACAGUACAAGGUGGAGCAGGAGACACAGGCAUGGUUCGUCAGACGGAUCGUCGCGUGAUGUGAUCGAUUAUCGUACCGGUUAUAUAAAAUCGCAUCUACGUUCACCCUCGGGCAGGGUUCGGUGACUAAACACACUGAGAACCGAAGCAAUAAUUAAAUUAUGGCAGACAUAUAUGUAUAUAUAGAUUUCUUUAGCAACGGCGAUGGUCAAAGUUAUAAACGCGAAUUUGACCAGCGGAUAAAUUUUCCAUAAAUCAAUUUAAAUUUUCUGAAUUUUUUAAAACUUUUUAAUGCCUUGCUAAUGAUGUAUCGUUUCAUGAACAUCAGCUAUUUUCAUAGUUUAAUCAUUUCUUUGUUGCUAAUAAUUUUAACUUCGGCACGAGACGAAAAACUAGUUAAAUAAGCGAACGCAAAUAAAAAAAUUUGCUCCAAAACGAAUACUUUUUAAUCGUGUACUUUCUUAAGUAUUUUUCAAUUUACUUAAUAAUUUAUUAAAAAAUGUAUUAAACGUCGUAACGAGACACCACCGGAACCAAACUUCUUCAGAUAUGUAGGGAAGUUCAGAAGAAACUUGCUAUUAUAUAGUAGUAACGUAAGAAAAAAAAAACUUUUUGCAACUGCUAAAAUUUCCACUAAUUCAGUUUUUCAUAUAAACUAUUAGAAAAAUUAAACUCAAACAGAUUUGUGAAAUCUGAAGAAUAAGAUUUUAAUCUGAUAAAGUAGAAAGAAUCAUAGAAGACAUACUAGUAAUAAUUUUAGAUCUUUAUUUAAAAGUCUUAUCAUAAUUGAUAUCAUCAUUGAUAAAAAAUUACGAAUACGCGCAAUACGUAAAGACAAUCAGAAAUAGCGGACUAGCUCUGAUAAAUGUUGUUUUUCCUAUAUCGCGCAUUGAUUUGUACAGAUAUCAUUUACAGCAAGUAUUUUCUGUUGUGAUAAGCGUUGAUACACUGUUGUUUUGUUACAAUAUUGUCAUAUUUACAACGACUCAUAAAGAAAUUCUUAUCGGUAUUAGUGUAACAUUACAGGGUUGACAAUUUUACCUACAUUACAAAAAAAACUUAUAAUAAAUUUUAAAUCUUUACCAUAGUGUUCUAAAUUAAAGAUAGAAACUAAAACGAUGAUGUCGAAUUUUGUGACAACUAUAAUCUAUAAAAAGAGAAAUAUUUAAUAAACUAGGAAGACUCACA